GUGAUCGUAGUAAUGAAUGAAUUUUGGUAGAAGAGAAGAGAAUUAGCGAAUAAGCACUAAACCAGUUGAAAAUAACUCGAAAUUCUUUUCAUUUAAUCAUAUUUUCAUUUCAUAAGGUUAUUUUCCGGUCAGUUCGAUUUAGCUGAGCGUUGUUUUAUGAUCGUAGAUUUGAAUUCAUCCAACUAAAAUGAACAAAAGGUGUGCCAGAUGCGAUAAAACCGUAUAUCCGAUAGAAGAACUCAAGUGUUUAGAUAAAUUAUGGCACAAGCAGUGUUUCAAAUGCCAGUCUUGCGGAAUGACUUUGAAUAUGCGAAAUUACAAAGGAUUCAAUAAAGAUCCAUAUUGCGAAGCGCAUGUACCCAAGGCGAAGGCUACGAGUGUGGCUGAAACGCCAGAAAUGAAACGACUCGCCGAAAAUACCAAGAUACAGUCGAAUGUCAAAUAUCACGCUGAUUUCGAAAAAAAUAAAGGUAAACUGACUCAAGUAGCCGAUGAUCCCGAAACUCUGAGGAUUAAACAAAAUUCUCAAAUAAUCAGUAACGUCGCCUAUCAUGGGGAUUUGAAGAAAAAAGCUGAAAUGGAAUGGAAACGAAAUUUGAACGGAGAAAAUGGUCAAGCUGAAGAAACUACUACUAAUACGAAUCAUACUCCAGUGCCACAAUACGAACAAGCUCCGCCGAACAACAUACCAGAUCCAUAUCACGCAAAAGUCGUCGAAUCUCAUACCACCACUAAAAACUCUCCGUACUCAGCUAGACAAUCUUCGACUCUAAUUUACAGUUCACAUAAAGGCCCUUUGAAUACAAAUUCGGCAGCGAGAGUCGGUUCGAUCGCUGAUAUUGAUCCGAUGAAUAAUUUUUAUGGAUCUUUAACCGAUCACCAGCAGCAGCAACACAAGCAGCAACAACAUAUGCAACAGCAACAACAUAUGCAACAGCAGCAACACAUGCAACAGCAGCAUAUGCAGCAACAACACAUGCAGCAGCAACAUAUGCAACAGCAACACAUGCCCCAGCAACAUAUGCAACAAAUGCAAUAUAAUUCGCAGAGGAUGCCACCACCCAAAAAAGAAAUAAAUAAAUCUGGGAAUAUUUACCGAGCCAUGUACGAUUACGAUGCUCGUGAAUCGGACGAAGUAUCUUUUAUGGACGGCGACAUUAUUUUGAACUGUGUUCAUAUUCACGAUGGAUGGAUGUCCGGGGUAGUGCAACGUACAGGCCAACAAGGAUUAUUACCAGCUAAUUACGUAGAAUCGAUAAUUAUCUAAGAAAAUCGAUCUUUUUUAAAAAGCAUGCAUCCAAGAUCCAAAGAAGAGAAUCCGCCGAAGAUGAACUCGAUGUGCCAAUUGUUAUUGUUAUUGACUUAAUUUUCUUUUUAACUUGAUCGCACUUGUCGAAUCAACUGCCACUUGAUUUUAUGACGUAACAAGUUUAAAUUUUAUUCACGCAGUAUUGCCCUUAUCCUUUUUACUUGCCUCUCUUUUCUUUUUUACGUAUGUACUACAUAAUGCCCAAACGAGUUGAAAAAAUUGUUAUAUGUUUUAAGCUUUGUUAAGUUUAAUGUUGAUUUUGUAAGGCAACUUGUUGUUAUAUUGUAUUUUUCUUGAUUUCCUUUUAGCCAAUUUUUUAAACAUAAUUUGUUGUUUGGACUGAAUUUCACGUUAUCCUGUGAAUUCCAGCGAGAUCAAACAUAGUAUUUUUUUUUCCUUGAAGGGUUCCCGCUAUUUUUUUUUUUUUUUUUUUUGAAUUUAUGAUAAUGAUUUUAAUCAUUCCUUUUUUUUUAUGCAAAGGUUCCUCUUUCUUGAGUGUCAUAUGUAUUUUUUUUGUGUGUUCUCUAAUACGUAUGUAAUAUGUAUGUGGCAGCUCAUGCUCGUCAAAUGUUACGUAUGAUGAAAAAAUACUAUUUUUCGUGUGUAAUUUUGUUCUUCCUCAUCUUUUUUCUAAUUUUUCUCGACACCUUAACA